AUGAGUGGAAUGGGAUACGGUACAUUAUAUGUUAAUGGUAUAAACGUUGAUCCUUCACGUCGUCUAGAUCCUGGAUGGACUACAUAUACGCAACGUGUUCUGUACGUUUCAUAUGAUAUUACUCAAUUUCUGAAAGGUCAUUCCACUAACUGCAUUGGUGUACAGUUAGGACUUGGAUUUUAUACGAACGAACAAUGGGGCGGAGGAGUUCCUGCACCAGCACCAGAAGUAUUUGGUCCACCGCCAAGACUUCUUUUACAAGUCAAUAUUGUACUGAGCGAUUAUACAACGAUGAAUAUUACGUCCGAUACAACAUGGCUUGGUCGCGAAGGCGCCCAUCGUAAAGAUAAUAUGUAUAUGGGAACAAUUUAUGAUACUCGCGCUGAACGAUACAACUGGUCAACUGCUGGUUUUACUGAUCCUUACAGUUUAUGGCUAAAUGCAUCUCUAAUCGAAUCGCCAUUGACUUCACCAACCGGUCAAUUAACUUAUCAGUCCAUGGAUCCAAUACGGAUUAGCCCAUAUGCCCUGCACAUUGCUACAUCAGCUUCACGAACUGGCUACAAGUCAAUGCCACCAGGUGUUAUUGGCGGUAAUGUAAUGGAUGGCGGUGUGUUUAACGCUACGCCUUUAGCGAGUCAACAAGUUCCGACAUAUGAUAUUUCACAAAAUAUUGCUGGCUACUGCACGUUGACAAUUACAGGUAGAAAAGGAAUGACUGUAUCAUCACGACAUGCGGAAUUACUAAAUAAACCAGGUGUAGAUGGAAUUAAGUAUCAAGGACUUAACUCGGCCAAUUAUCAAAUUAUUUCUGCGUCCGAUGAUUUUAUCAUUCAAGGUGAUCCACAUGAAAUACUGACACCUCUAUUCACUUAUCAUGGCUUCCGUUAUAUCUCAGUAUAUGCUAAUUAUAUUAAUAUCGAGUCAGUCGUUUGCGCGGCAAUACACAGUGAAACAACUCUAAUCGGUAAUUUUACUUCAUCGUCACUCAUACUCAAUCAAAUUCAACACAAUAUUUUGUGGUCACAACUGAGCAAUAUAAUGUCGAUUCUAACAGACUGUAGUCAACGACAGGAGCGAAGAGGAUGGCUUGGUGAUGCAGCUCUGUCAGUUGAUGCUGCAUUAUUCAACUUUGAUUUGUAUGGAUUAUAUGUGAAUUUUCUACGAAAUAUUGCAGAUGUUCAGCAUGAAGAUGGAUCGAUACCUGAUACAGCACCAUACUCCGUCGGUGGAUAUGUAGCAGAUCCCUCAUGGGCACAUGCUUAUCCAGAAAUUACUUGGCGUAUCUACCAGCAUUACAAUGAUACAGCCAUUGUAAAACAACACUACGCUGGAAUUCAAGCAUGGGUAGAUUAUUUGACCAGUCGUGCACAGCAAAGUGGUUUGGCAAAUAUGUAUUUUGCUUAUGGUGAUUGGGAAACACCGGCUAAUUAUCCUGUGACGAAUAGUUCAUUAGUAUCUGCAUUUUCAUAUCUGAGUGACAUGAUGACCAUGCCAGUAGUAGCUUGGUUAAAGCAACGCUGGCGUUUGCUAUUAAUUAUUCUAACACCAUUGAUCCUGCUUCCACUACCUAUUAUUAUCAAUAAUUCCCAAGGGCGAUGUGGUUAUAUUGUGGUCAUUCUCUCUGUGUACUGGAUUUCGGAAGCAAUACCUUUAGCAGUUACUUCAUUAUUGCCACUUAUCCUCUUUCCGAUGGCUGGUGUUCUAACUGCGGAGGACGUGGCACCUCACUAUUUCAACGACAUCAUUGUGCUUUUUUUCGGUAGUUUGGCAUUUGGUUGUGCUGUCGAAACGGUCAACCUUCAUCAUCGUAUUGCUCUAUUGGUAUUGAGUUGGGUUGGCACGACAACUAAAUGGAUCAUGGCUGGUAUGAUGGGAACAACGGCGUUUCUUUCAAUGUGGAUGAACAAUACUGCAUCGACAUCAAUUAUGUUGCCUGUAGUAUUAGCUAUUGUUCAUGAACUCGAUGUUUUCAGCGAAAAUUCUCUCGAUAGCCAACAAGACAAUAUACAGACAACAGUUAAUAUAAAUGGUGCAUUUGAUUCCACAAAUACGGAAGGAGCUGAUGAAAAUAAAACCGGCCAGAUCGCUCAUACUACUCAAAACAUCGAACUAGUAAAACCAGAGACAUCUGUAGUAGUAAAUACUCGCUUGAAAUUACUAUGCUGUAAACGACAAAAAGUUGAACAUAGCAAUACGUACAAGAAACAACAUGAUGAACUGAAGAAAGGGUUUCUUCUUGCCAUAGCCUAUUCAUCAUCUAUUGGCGGACUAUCCAGUUUAGUUGGUACUGCACCCAAUAUUUAUCUCAAAGGUUUCGUAGACAGUGAAUACAAUGGUACUGGUUUUCGCGUAAACUUCCUCAAUUUUCUACUCUUUGCUCUACCGACUGGAAUAUUAAUGCUUGUAGUCUGUUGGAUAUGGUUACAGCUGUGCUAUAAUAAAAAAGAACUCUUUCAAUGUCACUAUUCUGCUGAAAGACAUAAAGCUCAGAUUAAAUUGAAGGCAAUAUUAACGAAACAGUAUAAAGAUCUUGGACGACCAAAAUGGAGUGAACUCGUAGUAGCUGGUAUAUUCGUUCUGUUGAUUGUUCUAUGGAUAACAAGAGAGUUUUCCAGUAGAACAGGAUGGAGUAUGAUAUUUCAGCGUAAGCACAUUAGUGAUGGUACUGUAGCUAUUUUCUGUGGAAUACUUCCAUUAAUUUUACCAGCCAGCAAUCCAUUUAAUCGACGGCAUGAUUGGAAAUACGAGCCAAUUGUCAAAUGGAAUGAUUUGGCACAUCAUGUUUCAUGGGGUGCACUAAUCCUACUUGGUGCUGGUCUUGCGUUAGCCUCUGCGUUUCAAAAAUCAAAAUUAUCGGAUAGUGUGGCGCAAGCCCUUGGUUUUGUGUCCCAUAUACCGCGAGCUGCUGCUAUUAUGAUCAUAGUUGUGAUUAGCGGCUUCUUCACCGAAGUGACAUCGAAUACAAGCACGGCAACCAUCUUUUUCCCCGUACUCAAUUCUGUGGCAACUUCGUCUGGCAUACAUCCAGCUUUUCUCCUCCUUCCAUGCACAUUGGCUGUCUCUCUUGCAUUUAUGUUGCCCAUAGCUACACCACCAAAUUCCAUCGUUUUUGCUAGCGGUGCACUUCGAGUCAUCGAUAUGAUCAAAACUGGCAUAUUUAAUAUAACAUUAUCUAAAUAG